UCAGCAUUAUGUGCUGAAGAAAUUCUGAAAUCAUACACAACAGUGUUCAGGAAUGUGCUAUGCUGAUAAAUCUGGAUCAAACUGAUUGGUUACUCUUGCAAGACUUUUUGUCACAAGACAGUCUUUCAUGAACCGCUUUAUUCAGCAGAACUCUAGGCUGAUUUGUGAUCAGCUCACACUAGACUCACUGAAGACUCCCUCUGCUCACAUCACACAUUUGCUUUUAACAGCAGUGUAUAUUAAUUUUAAAGAAGUGGUGUGCAAUACUGAGACAAUUCAGAUGAGCAGACUUCAACAUAUCAAGGAUCACAUUUUAUCAUCUGAAAAGUACAUGAACAUGGCUGGUACUCUGCUGAGCCCUCUUACGACACAUGUGCUGAAUACAACGCAAGGAGUUCCUGGAGCCAACAUGACCAUCAGCCUUCAUCGCCUAGAUCCGGUUUCAUCGCUGUGGAACCUUAUCACUACAGGGAUAACUAAUGCUGAUGGACGUUGUCCAGAAUUAAUCACAAAAGAAAGCUUUAUUGCUGGUGUGUAUAAAAUGCAUUUUGAGACUGGAAAGUACUGGAAUGCCUUGGGUGAGAUGUGCUUCUAUCCAUAUGUAGAGGUUGUCUUCAGCAUCACUGAUCCGUCACAGAAGUAUCACGUUCCUCUUCUUCUGAGCCGCUUCUCUUACAGUACAUACAGAGGGAGUUAGAUGAAUAUUUCAUGUAUCUUUCUUUAAAUAUUUACAAUUACACCUGUACAUCUACUUAUUCAUGUGAUUAUUUAAUCAGCCAAUCGUGUGGCACCAGUGUAAUGUAUACAAUCAUGCAGAUAUGGGUCAGGAGCAUUAGUUAAUGACCAAAUCUGCUGUAUUUUUAAUAAAAUAAUAACUGUUACAUGUCAUGAACACAUUUUAAAUUGAACAAUUCUUCAAUAUUUUAAUUAAACUUGCCAUGGCACUGACAUG